UAUACAAAUACAAACGCACAAAUCGAACUGCGAACAUAUAUUGCAAAAUUCUGUUUUUUCACCGCUUUCCUUCUCUUGCAAUCUCUGGGCUUUCAUUGGUUUUGGUGAUAUGGCGGAGCAUCACCACCACAAACCCUCCACUUCUGGGGCUCGUGCGGAUACAGAUCUCAUGGAUACAGACCAGGUCAUGGUUAUUCCUGACACUCCUGAUAGGAUAUCUAAACAGCCUAAUAAUACUUGUAAGAUCUUGAAAUCUGCUGAUUCAAGUUCGAGAAGUUCUGGGUUGGGAAAUAUAUUCACUAUGGGUAGUAGGAAUCGGCUUUUUGGUGAUAGUAUCCGUGCUGCAGGAGUGUAUCCGCAUCGUGGGGGUAAUCUUGGUGAUAUAGCCCGAAGUCAAGGUGCAAGAGAUACUGCUGUUCCUUCUUCUAGUUUCAGGAAUGCUCCAAUCUCCAGUGUAGUAGGUGGCAGGACCUUUAAACACAAGGACAAGCAGCACUAUAACCAGCAGCACAUGGAGGAUGAUAAAAUUUUACAAUCUAGUUUUCUGGGGAUAUCAUCGCAUAACAACAGAAGGGAGGACCCAGUUUUUGUUGAACAUGGGGAAAUCGCAAAGUCUUCUUCUAAAUCCACAAGAGAUGAUUUAGGGGGUCAAAGGAUGAACAAAGGUCACCCUGGUCAAAUUCAAGGUUCAAGCGAUACCACUGUUCAUUCUUCUAGUUCCAAGAAUGCUUCAAUGUCCAGUAUGGCUGCUGACAGGACCUUUAGAUACAAGGACAGACAUCAGUGUUACCCACAUCACAUGGAGGAUGAAAAAGUUUCACAUUCUAGCUUUUCGGGGUUAUCGUCGCAUAACAGUAAUAGGGAGGACUCAGUAUCGGUUGAACAUGGUGACAUUACAAAGUCUUCUUGUAAAUUUACAAAAGAAGACUUAGGGGCUCAAAAGAUAAACAAAGGUCAUCUGCCUCCCAGUAAUAUUGUUUCAUUACAUUCUGCUGGAGCUUCUUCAAAAUCUACUAGAAAUGACAAUAAGGGAAAGGUGAAAGUUGGUCUUGGUAACCUUGUCCACUGUCAAGCUCAUCCUGUGAAAGGGAAUGAUGAGUUUGGCCUGAUUACAUCAGAUCAUGAUGCUGGGAACGGUCUCUCUGUGUCAUCACAUUCUCUCAGAGUACCUAGUACAACUGUGCGGAAAAGGUUGGUACGCAAUGGGUGUAUAUCCCCACAUAAUGUAGAAAAGGCCAAAAGGGUUGCAGCGACAUCUGGUAAUGUUUCUGAGAAUGUUGAGUGUGCUGUAGUAUCUGGUGGUUCUCGUCCUGUAAUCGAUGUUAAUGAGGUGAAUUCCAAACAUAAUGCUGCUUUUCGGGCUAAAGGAAAAGGAUUGUUAAUUCAUGACUCUCCUUCAAAGGGCCAUGCUGGCAGGAGAAGUGAUGUUGGGAAUCUGGCUGAUGGAUGUCAAAAGGGAAAGUUUUCUGGAAAUGAUUGUGUUCGUGUACAAAAGACCAGUGACAACUCAAAUAAAUUAAUUUUGGGCAAAUGCACUUCAUCAAUUCCUUCAAGAGUGUCAGAGCAAAAACCUAUGCUUAGUGAAGAUCAGCUUUGUACGCCAAGCACAUCUUUCAAAAGGCCUAAGAAGCAUGGCUUGAGCUCAGGUUGCCUUGAAAAGAGCAAAGAGGUUAUCUGUUUGAGUUCCGGUGGGGAAUCGUCAACCAUGAGGUCAGUAAGGGACCAUGGUCGCUUUCCUCACAGGGAACUAGGUUCUCCGUUGGCUGUCGAUGAAUGUUCUCCUGAAGUGGGAGAUAGUAUCUCACAAACUGAUAAUGACUCGGAGACUAGGGCAAUACAACUUCAAGCUGAUGAAAUGUUGGCUCUUGAGCUGCAGGAACAAUUAUAUAAUGAGACAGAAUCUACUGGUGGCGAGGGAAUUUCAUCAUCGAGAUGGUUAGAGAACCAGGAAGACAUUGUGCAGCCUGCUAUUCCAAGAGAAAGUCAUCACACGCAUGGUUUUGUUGGCGUCCCACCGUCAAAUCGACUACGAUCUUCUCAAUCUCAGUCUUUGCGCAAUCGCCUCUUCCGUCGAGGAGCUCAAGCGCGGCUUCCUAGAUCGAAUAUAACUAGGCUACGGAAUCAGGUUCAUCGCUAUCCUAGGCAGAGGGAUAGAUUGUUCCCUUCAGAUAUGGAUCUCGACAUGAGAAUUGAUUUACUAGAAACAUUGGAAGCUGUGGUCAAUGAUGAUAUCAGAAUGGUUAAUCAACUCCUUGAUUCUGAUCGUGAAUUUGGCGAAAACGAUUACGAAAUGUUAUUGGCUCUUGAUGACAACAACCAUACACAUCUUGGUGCAUCACGUGCUCAAAUAGCCAAUCUCCCGGAGUCUACAGUACAUAAUGAUGACUGCGAAGUUUGUUCAAUUUGUCUUGAAACCCCGGUUAUUGGGGAUACUAUGCGCCAUUUGCCUUGCUUGCACAAAUUUCACAAAGAUUGUAUUGAUCCAUGGCUGAGAAGGAAACGAUCAUGUCCAGUUUGCAAGUCGGAUGUAUGAUUUUCUUCCCGCUGUUUUUGAUAGAUCCAUCUUUUUUUGGCGUCUUGAAACCUGCUGGCAGUCUCACUGUGACCGUUCAGCUGGGCGCGGUCGACCUGUAUGGGGUACUAGAUGAUAGGACACUUUCUACAAACCAAAGAUGAAAACAAGAACUUGAAAUCAUUGAUUGCAUCAAUAAUGGAAUACAUAUUGGUUCUACUGACUUGCGUGUUCUAUGAAUAGCAUCAAUAACAAGCAAAAAAAUCUGAAACCAUUAUCUUGUGUAUGUGAACCUUAUGUAUUCCAUCAAGUGUGUAAUGUUCAAUGUAUAUAAAACCAACUUGUAAGACUGUAGUAGGCUUGGGUACUUCCAAGACGAUUAAAACAUUGCUGAAUUAUUACAUGCUUUUGAGAGCAUGUGUCUCGUCAAGGCUUGUGCUUCACGCAUAGACAAAUACAUGCAAAGGUCUUUUGGAACUUUCUCAUCUAAA